GGGCUUUAGCGGAAUGCGGGUGGGGGGAAAAAUAAGACGUUCUGGAAGGAGGAAAACAAGGCGUUUAGUAACAUGUCCCGGUGAUUUACGAACUUAAAUCUCUUUCUAAACACUCUUUGAUUAAGUGUGUGAGUUUAAGUCGUUUGACCUUAAGUUAAAGCUUCGUUAUAAGCCGUUUUUAAACGAUGGCGUCGCCGCUGCAGAUGACAGAGAUGUACGACAACGCGCUGCUGGGGAUCCUGCAGCACGCUGGAAACAUACAGGACUUUCUGCACAUCUAUUUUGGGUUUUUGUAUCGCAAGACUGACUUUUAUCGCCUGCUGUCGAAUCCCAACGACAAGAUGGGUUUCCCCCCCGGUGUGGCGGAGAAGAUGGUACUCAAGACGUUCAAGUUGUUCGAGAAGGUGGCGGAUCACGACAGAGAGCGACACAUGAGCGAGCUGCAGAAGAGAGGCGAGAGUAAGAGCGUCCCUCCGGCGGUUCAAGAGCUGGAGAUCGACUCCGAGUCUCAGGAGGAGACACGAGGGCAGAGAGCGGAGGCGGCGCAGACGGAGAGAUCUGCAGUGGGUUCAGGCGACGUCUCGGCUCCUCCAGAACCGACCGUCAGACCUCAGAGCGGCAGCGGUGGUAGUAGUGGUGUUAGCGGUGCUGCUGCUGCUGCUGCAGGACAGUCAGCACACGGCGAGCAGGCAGCUGCAGCCGGCACAAAGUCAACAGAGGAGAAGGAUGAGAAAUGUCAGGUUGAGUCUGACAGUUAUAACGGUGCAGUGAGAGAAAAGUACAGCUGGUCUCAGGAUUACACCGACGUGGAGGUCCGAGUGUCCGUGCCAAAGACCGUCGUUAAAGGCAGACAGGUCAGCGUCAGUCUGCAGACCAGCAGCGUGAGAGUGUGUGUGAGGGACGGAGCAGAGGAGAAAACGCUGCUGGAGGGAGAAUUCACUCACAAGAUCAACACUGAAAACACUCUGUGGAGCCUCGAACCUGGAAGCUGCGUUGUUCUGUCCCUCAACAAAGCGUCAGAGGUUUGGUGGAACGCGAUACUGAAAGGAGAGCAGGAGAUCGAUAUAAACCAGAUCAACCGCGAGCGCUCCAUGGCGACGGUGGACGAGGAGGAGCACGCAGUCCUCGACAGACUCUCCUUCGAUUACCAUCAGAAGCUGCAGGGAAAACCACAGAGUCAUGAAAUGAAAGUGCACGAGAUGCUGAAGAAGGGCUGGGACGCCGAGGGUUCGCCGUUUAAAGGGCAGCAGUUCGACCCGACCAUGUUCGACAUCCCACCCAGCGCUGUGCAGUUCUGAGGCGCUCGCUCCCCCAACCCCCCAACCCCCCUCUCUCUCUCACUCAGCCAAAUACGAACUGAAUCCUGGUUUAAUUGACACAUCAUUUGCAGGACUGUGUGUCGUACGGUUUGUCGAGGACGUGUCAUCAUAUCAAACGCUUAUUUGAUGUUUUGGCAGUACAAUUUGGGUAAAUAACUGUACUUAAUUAACAGUUCUGCUCUUUAUUUAAUAACUACAGUGCCUGUGUGUUUGCCCCCCCCCCCCCCCCUCCGAGGAGUGAUUCUCUUAUUAUUAUUAUUAUUAUUAUUUUUCAGUUUUAUUCUCACUCUCUCAUUGUUUAAGGAUGAAUCAGUCGGUUUGUACAUGAAGACUUCUUCUUAUUCUCUCAUGUAACAUAAUAAUAAAUAAUAAAUAAUAAAUUAAAAAUGCCCUAAAAAUGAACAAUAUGACAACAUGUGGAGGAUCUAUCUUUGUCUUUGGUAGCAUGGAUACAGAUCUGAUGCUGUUUCAUUGGUUCAACUGCUUCUCAAAACAACAAUCUAGCUUUUAAAUAAAAUGACUUCAGGGAUGUUGGGAUUAUGGUUUUAA